AUGCAGUUCCUAGCCACCACCUUCAUUUUGACCAUCUCCGGCCAUGCCGUGGUAGCAGCUCCAGCAGAUGCCUUAGUGGCCCAGGUUCUUGAUGCUCAAGCUCCAUGCCUUCCGCUCUCGGCAUUUGACACUGCCAAAUUCGCCCGACCGCUUUCGCUCAUGGACGCCAUACUCGGCGCCAACGCCUCCGUAACCACAAUGACAGGAAACCUCACCUCCAUCAAAGAACAAAUGCCAGAACUCCAAAUUCCACCAGUUCACCUGCCCUCUACCCCUCGCGAAGUCGAAGCCGAACUAGAACAAUUCUCAAAGCGCCAAAGCACAUGCUCUAACCCGCGCGUCCGCGUCGAAUGGGAUGCAAUGUCCAACCCCGAUCGCCAAGCCUACAUGAACAGCAUAAAAUGCUUGAUGCGCGCCCGACCAUCUGGGAACUUUAACGGCGCGCAAAACAGGUAUGAAGACAUUGUCGUGCUGCACCAGCAAAACACGCCCCGCGUGCACGGCAAUGCCAUAUUCCUGCUUUGGCACCGAUACCUCCUCUGGACAUUUGAAGACCUGCUGCGCAAGGAAUGCGGAUUCACGCGCUCCCUGCCCUGGCUCGACGAGUCAAAGUGGUCAGGUAAAUUCCAGCAAUCCAGCGUUUUCAGCUCGCAGUGGUUGGGCACAAUGUUAUCGCGCGGAAACUGCGUGAACAAUGGGCAAUUUGCAUUUCUAGCUUCGAAUAUCGGACCUGGGCCGAAUAACCAACGGCAUUGUUUAAGCCGUAAUGGGGACGAGUCGAAGACAGAGAACACUCGGCAGGCGCUGACGGAUGCGUGCAACUCGCGCAGUUCGUACGCGGAUAUGGCGGCGUGCUCGGAGGGUGGGGCGCAUGCCUGGGGACACAAUGGAAUUGGAGCGAUUAUGCAGGAUGUUUUCGCUUCGCCUGCGGAUCCGGUGUUCUGGUUGCAUCACGCGUUUGUUGAUCGGAACUUUUGGACUUGGCAGAAUCGUGAUGGGAGGACGAGGACGACAAGUGUUAAUGGUGGGGAUGUAGAUGGACGUGGGUUGACUUUGAAUACGCUGAUUAGCAUGGAUGGUAUGAGAUCGGAUGCCAGGAUCAGAGAUGUUCUUAACACGCAGAGUCAGUUGCUUUGCUAUCGCUAUAGUUAUUAGGUGGCUGGUGGGCACGUGGGAUAAUUGUACAUCAAGGUACAGGCGAGCAAACAUAGGUGUUUCUUGGUGUACACAUCAGACUUUGUAAAGUAUGGAUCUUUAUCGCCUUC